CCGAUCUCUGGGAACGGCGACUAUGCCUGUGGUUUACCCCUUCCUGCAGUUCCGGGGAUUUCCCACGUUGUUCGGAGAUAUACGGGAUACAAAUGUCACCUUUAUUAUUGACACUUCGGAAAGUAUGCAAGCCCACCUCAGUGCAGUCAAAUAUCACCUUGUGGAAACGCUUCUGGCUAUGGCUUGCAGCUCAAGCUACAGGCGCUUUAACAUCGUGGAAUUUUCAAAUAAGGUAACCAAAUGGUGUGACCGUCUAGUAGCAUGCUCUUCUCAGACGGUCUACAAUGCAAUACAGUGGGUUCAAUCCCUUCACUGUACACAGGGCAGGAAUCUCCUUGGUGCGUUAACUGCUGCAUUUCAUGAUCCAAUAUGUAAUGCCAUUUACCUCGUGACAAAUGGCUUACCUGACAAUCCAUUAAAGGAUGUUUUUCACGUGGUACCUUAUAUAUCACAUGGGCGUCCAGUGCACAUUUUCUAUUUAUCAGAUAAAUGGAUAGACAGUGAAUGUCGAGAGAUUCUGCAGAGAAUUGGUGGACUUACCCAAGGCAGUGCUCACCUCAUUAGACUCAACACGUCUGGAGAUAUCAAACAGGUGAUUCCUAUUUAUCCAGCAGACCUCACAACCUCUGGGCCCUUGUACUCUGACCUAAAGUAUUGCACUGUGAAAAGAACACUGGAUAACAACCCUCACCCUGGCUCAUGGGUAACAGGUUCUGAUUUAAAAGCCUUUCAAACACAUUCAGUCUGUGUGUGCAACCCUCAGGUGACUACUUGUAUCUGCAAAUAUAUUGAUCCAUGGGCCAGACCUCUUGCAUCAAGUCAAUUAAUCCUUGGAGCCUCUGUUCUAGCAAGGCGAGAAUCUGAUGGAUUCUAUUACCGUGGCACAAUCAAACAAGAAGUGGAGGUAGGGAAAGGAUUGUUCCUGGUUGAGUUUGACAAACCUAUGAAAGAUCCAACUGAAAAGUGCCAAGUCUCUGUGCAGAAGACUGCAUUGCAUGAUAUAAUUCUGUACAAUGAGGCCAUGAGGCAUUCUGUGGUCUCAGGUGAUAAAGUAUUAGCACCUUGGGAAUCCGAUGGAAGCAGAUAUGGCCCUGGAACAGUGGCAUUUGGCAUUGAGACUAGAGACCCGCUACAAGUAAUGGAAGAUGAUGAUCUCUCCAUUAAAUUCUGGAAUGGAAAAACAGUCAAAGUUUCCAAAAAUGUGGCAAUGUGGAUUCCAUCUGCUUUGUAUGAAAGAGUGCAGCAAGAACUGUUUACUCCUCUAUCAGCCAGAGAGCUUCAUUGUGAAAAAUUGAGUUCCUGCAAUGACGUUUGUUCACUUCAGCCUCAGACUGUGCUAGUUCACCCAAGUCACUUUGAUCCAACAUACACCAAGUCUUGGUAUUCAGUUCUCCCUGACCUCGACCCAUAUAAUAAUUUCUGCCGUGGGUUUUAUUGUGGCUUCCAUGGUUUGCCAUCUCAUCCCAUCUGUUACUGUUUUCCACAAAUGAUUUCUCCCAUAGGAUGGUGGCCUGUGAGUCCAAGAUCUACCAACCCGACAGCAAUUGACAUGGAGGAGUUGGACAAGAAAGUUACUUCACAGCUUCAGGAAUUAGACACUUACAAAACUAAAUAUCCUGAUGAAAACCUACUUUCUUCAUCUUCUUCAUCAUCAUCUGAAAGUUAUGAUGACAGCCCAGAGUCAAUUGUCAGCAAGCCUACUUUGGAAGAUAGGGCAGUGAAUACAGAUAUUAAACUGUUGGAGAAGCCAAGGGCCCAAGCAGAAGGCAAGCCAGAAUGGAAGUACUGGAGUCAGACCCACCAAGAGCCACAUCGAAAGAAACCAGGAACAUCUCCUUCAAGCCCAUUAAAGAAUGUUUCUAACUCCAGUCAGCUGAAUCCUACCACAGAGCUGCAGAACGUUGGACCUACAAAUUGUGGAGCCAUGUUUGAAAAUAUUGAUCAUACACCUUCUCAGAAUAGAAUCACAGUAAAACAGGUUCUAUCACAUCAAGAUCAUGAAAUCACAUCAUCUUCUACGGUCCAGCCUCCACCAGUUCAGGAGCGUCUAGGAGAGAAUCAGUUAUCACGUGACUGCCAAGAUCGGGAAGCUGUUCAAAGGUCAAGAAAGAAAAAACUACAAAUGCGUCAGUGGGAGAGAGAAAGGGAAAAUCAAAAUCAAGACAAGUAUCAACGUGUUCAAGAACAACGCAGGAAGAACGUGAUUCAACGUCUGGAGAAUAAUUUCAAACAGGUCGCAGAAUGUGAGCACAAGCUGGAAGAAACAAACAGAGCAAAACAGCAUUUGCAGCAGACGAUUCAAACCAGGAUUCAGUCAAUAGCCUCAGAGGACCAGGAGAAAGAAGCUCGCAGAUUGGCAUAUCACCAGCAAGUGACAGCAAGUAGGAAUAUGACAGAGGCAGAAAAAGUGAAAGCAGAAGAGAUGAAAGAAACCCAACAGCAGGAGGUUAGAAGGAAACGAGUGGAAGAACGCAACAGAAUUGCAGCAGAAAGAUUCCAUGAAGCAGAGAAAUUGGCUGAAGAACAAGAGACAGAAAGAAGAAAGAAUCGAAUAAAGCACGUUUCAACAUUUUAGACAUAUUUAACCAGGUUCAGUCUUUGUUAUUACCACUGUAACUCAGAUACUGUUGUGCAUUCCAGAUCCUAAAUGCAUCACAAUUCUAAGAACUAAUAAGUAACUGGGAAAUAGCAUAAUACAUUCACUUUUUUUUCAUUUGUUUUUAGUUCAAUCCUUUUUUUAUUUCUCUAAUCUUUACUCCUGACUUUUUAAAAUUUCAUUCCCAAGUUAACCUUACUAUUGCUACUAUACUGGUCAGUCCAUUCUGCAGAGAGUUAGCAGGGUAUUGUCAUUCUGUUUUGGAUUACAUUACUGAUAGCACACUGGGAUCAGAACAUGAAGGAACAUGCUGUUAAUUUUAACUGCCCUUCCACACCACCCCACUAUUCAAACAUAAAAUUCAGCAAGGAUAAUAGCCACUGGCUUUGUUUUCCCACUUUGAUUUGCUGGCUGGCCAGCAUUUAUGGCCUAUCCCUAGUUUGGCAGGGUUGUUGGAAGAGGAGGAGUUGGAGGAAUUGAGUACUUGUGGAUGUGAUGCCAAUCAAGUCGCUUUGUGAUGGAUGAGGACACUUUUUUCUUUUAUCUACUCUAUUCACACUCUGAUUAUAAAUGGCACCAAAACUCUCCUCUCAACCUUCCCUUCCAUCAGUUAAGUAACCCAGCUUUGCCUGUUUAUCCAUAUAGUCAAAGUCUCUCAUCUGGGAUCCAUUCUCAUAAAUUUCUUUUGAAACCUCCGUAAAAUCUGUAUAUCUUUCCUAGAGCACAGUUUGCAGAAUUAGACACAUUAGGCCAGGUGAAACUGAGCCAGUGUUUUAUCAAGAUUCACCAUAACUUCCUUGCUUUAUAAAUAGAGACACGUGGUAUGAAAGCUCAGGAACCUAUACAUCUUUUUGAACCAAUUUCACCAUUUGCCCUUUAACCUUCAGCAAUUUGUACACAUAUAUUCUAAGAUAGUUACUCCUUCCCCUUUAGAAUGGUAUCGUACCAAAGUGCAUAACUUCAUAUUUGUGUACAUUAAUUUCAUCUGCCUUCUGUUCACCAUGCCGCCAAUCUGUACAUGUUCUCCUGAAGUCCAUCAGUAUCCUCAUCAUUCUGUUCGUCAUCUCCAAACUCAGUGCUCUCCUGGUCAACCUUUGUCUGCCAUUAAACCUAAGCCCAAUUAAGUAUCUGCUCUUGGCACUCAAUUACACAUCAAGUUCCGCUCAUUCAUGAUCUAUGAAUGAUCUGCUGACCUACACCAGUCCCAAUGCCUCAAAUCUAAAAUGUUCAUCCUCAUGCUUAAAUCCUUCCAUGGGCCUGAUCCUUCAGAACUACAACCUCCUCCUACCCUAUAAAUAAACAGUCUUGACCUGACCCUUCAUCCAUUAUCCCCUCUCCAAGGUUCCAUCAUUGAUAACUUUUAAGUACUUGGGUAUGCCUCUCUGCUUUACUUCUCUGUCCACCUCCAAAUCCUGCAUGUUCUAUAAAAAGACUUUAAAAUACAUAAUAUUAACAAACCUUUGGUCGUAAGUCCUAAUUUGUGUCUUUGAUUCAUUUUUAAUCCUUACCUUUUGUGAAGCACCAUGGGACAUUUUAUUUUGCAUUAAACUCAAUGUAUAAAUACAAUUUGAUCUUGCAAAAUAUUGAGGUAAAAGGUGCGACAUGGCAUUAAUAAAAUGAGAUAUAAAUCAAACUUUUUCAACAAAAAUUCCUUUUGUCUAUUAACAGAACUUUGAUUCUGAAAAUUUCUAAACCAGAAUGCCUUAAAUUGUUGUUUAUGACAACAUGCAAUACUACUGGCAUGUCCAAUUCAAGUCAAUCAUAUUCCAAACUUAGAGUAGUAAAUUGGACACAGGCUAUUAUGAUGGCUGUCACAGAUCAAGGGCUUUCAGCACUUAGAAAACAAUUAGUAUCAAGUUUCUGGCAAAUAUGUGAUUAAAAUAUGGGACAAAGAUACCUCACUGCCAUCACUGAAAUUCAUAGAAAGGCAGUGCAAUUCGUACAGUGUGUUAGGAUUACAGAUGGAAAUGCUGGACAAGUCCUUUUCUAGAAUAAAAUAUUGCUUGAUGCACAACAAUGAGAUUUAAACUUUGCAAUUUGGUUGCCACAGUGAUCAGGCUGUGGUCAUUUUUACAAGAGGCUGCUAAUGUACUUUUGACAAAAGAGCAUACGUUUAUACAGAAAUAAAAACUCCUUAUAUAUAAAGGGUUGAACAGAUGAAAUGCAAGGAGGAUGUGGAGUCUAGAACCAAGGGACAGUGUAACUCAGGAUAAGACAGACUUUUAGGAAAAUAAAUUCUUCAUUUAAAGAAUAGUGAACCUGUAGAAUUCUCCACCCCAGAAGGCUAUAGAAGCAAAAUCACUGAAUAUAUUUUAAGAAAGAGGAAGUGUUUAGAUUUUAAAAGCAUCAAGGGCAAGGGAAGAAAGCACAAAUAUAGUAUUGAGAUUCAUUCUCUGUCAUGAUCUUACUGAAUGUCAGAGCAGGCCAAAUUGUCCAUUCCUGCUCCUACUUCCCAUGUUUCUAUGAAAGAAUUUGGAAAGAACUCAUCAUAAAAAAAAAUUGUUGUACCUGCAAUAUCUGUUACAGACACAAUCCCAAUGAAGCAUCAUUCCUAACUUCCUUUGAAAAUUGCUUAUUCAAAUGACGAGGUCACAAGCACUUCCUUUUUGUCAUUCACCAGCUGUGAAUUGCUAUGGCUAACUCACUAAAUCCUAGAAAAGCCAAGGACAAUUUCCACCCUUAUCCACUUAAUCUGCACAAACAGAUCAACACUUCUUCCCAGUUGUUAUGGUCUAAAAAUAACCAAAACUAAACUGCCUUCUGCUGGGUUGUCACUGCUCUUCUGAACUCAGCCUGCUUGUGGCUUGCUUUUUCUGGUCAUUAAGAUCUCAACUAUCUCACUAGGUAGCUUGUUGCAUCAUUUGACUUAAGUAACAUGAUUUCAAGGAAAGAUGGUCUUUCAUUCAAUCUUCCAAAAUGACCUUCUGACUCCUUUUCAAAAAAAAAAAGGCAGAUUAAAAUCUCAUUUUAGAAGCAACUUUGGAAGCACAGAAUCAGACACUUCCAUGCCGACCAAGUUCCCCAAAGUAAACUAGCCCCAUUUGCCCACAUUUGGCUCUUUCCCCUCUAAACCUUUCCUAUUCAAAUGUCCAUUAACUGUUCUAACUGUACAAGCAUUGAGCACAUUUUCUGGCAGUUCAUUCCAUAUUCAAAACCCCUAUGUGAAAAAGUUGCUCCUCAGGGCCCUUUUAAAUUUUUCUCCUCUCACCUUAAAAUUAUGCUCUCUAGUACUGAACUCCCCAACUCUAGGUAAAAGACUUUCACUAAGAAGCUUAU